CCCACCAGCGCAUACACACAUCUACUCCACGCUCGACCAAAAUGCCCUCUCUGUUAGACGCCGUCCUCAAUUCGGAUUCUGCGCCGACCCCUUCGAGUGAUGUGGGCAAUGCACAUGCUUCCCGUCGAAUGCGCGGUUCCUCCGCUCGACCACGCGGUCCCCCUUCAGAGAGCGCCGGCGCGAAUAGCGAUGUGGAGGGUUUCCCAGAGGAUGAAGUCCUAGGCGGAAGAGUUCCUGGACGGAGAGUGAAUGGCCCCAGAACGGAUAUUCCGAAAGUCGUGGAUGUUACAGGCGAAGCUCUAUCUGCGAGAUUUCAGGAGUUCUUGGAGAGUUUCAAAGAAGACCUCACGUCCUCAGAACAACCGAUUUCUAGCGCUCCAACAGACGACCGCUACUACAUUGCCCAAAUCCAUGGCUUGAAACUGCAUAACUUGUCCACAUUAUACGUCGACUACAACCAUCUUCUGGGCCAUGGAGACGGCGUCGUUGCUACAGCUGUGGCGAGCGAAUACUACCGCUUCUUGCCUUACAUGGUCCGCGCUUUGCACAAUCUGAUAGCGAAGUAUGAACCGGAAUACUUCCGGGAACAUCGCCAGCCAGCAUCCACAUCAUCCGUAACGGCGGCUUCAAACGCAGGGAACGCCAUGAGUCAGAACGAGAGUAUCAGCGAGAAGAACCCGAAUCAGCAAACGGACAAACUCUUCACCAUAGCCUUCUACAAUCUCCCGUUGGUAUCGCGAAUUCGCCAAUUACGCACAUCUUCAAUUGGACAGCUCCUGUCUAUUUCUGGAACCGUUACCCGCACAUCAGAAGUGCGGCCUGAGCUUUCGGUGGCCACAUUUAUAUGCGAGGCUUGCAAUACCGUAGUUCCGAACAUCGAGCAGACAUUCAAAUACACAGAACCUACACAAUGUCCGAAUCUUCAGUGCAUGAACAGGGAGGGCUGGCGUCUAGACAUCCGGCAAUCCACGUUCGUCGACUGGCAGAAAGUCAGAAUUCAGGAAAACAGUUCAGAAAUCCCGACGGGCAGCAUGCCUCGAACCAUGGAUGUCAUUCUGCGAGGAGAGAUGGUAGAUCGCGCCAAAGCUGGUGAAAAGUGCAUCUUCACGGGUACUGUCAUUGUCAUUCCGGAUGUCAGCCAAUUCCGAGUGCCAGGUGUCAGAGUGCAAGCUCAAAGGGAUACCUCGAGCCUGGCGCGUGGGAAUGAUGUUGGCGGCUCUGGUGUGAGCGGCCUGAAGGCCUUGGGCGUGCGUGACCUCACGUAUCGCAUGUCUUUCCUGGCGUGCAUGGUGAUCCCAGACACAUCGACACCAGGUCAGACAUCCAACCAUCAUCUCACGGGUCGAGCCGAAAACAUUCUCGCCUCUCUGAAUCAGGGGCAAAUUGAGGACCCUUCCGCCAGCGGAGAAGAAGCACAGGCAGAGUAUCUUUCCACUCUGACUCAAGCAGAGAUCGCCGACCUCAGAGAGAUGGUCCAUAAGCCUAACAUCUUCAUGCGACUGGUGGAUUCAAUCGCGCCCAUGGUCUACGGCCAUCAGGUGAUUAAAAAGGGCCUUCUGCUCCAGUUGAUGGGCGGUGUCUCCAAGGAGACUCCCGAAGGCAUGGCCCUCCGUGGAGAUAUCAACAUCUGCAUCGUCGGCGACCCCUCGACAUCCAAAUCGCAAUUCCUCAAGUACAUCUGCAGCUUCCUCCCCCGCGCGGUCUACACCUCCGGCAAGGCGUCAUCCGCCGCCGGUCUCACCGCCGCGGUAGUCAAGGACGAAGAAACCGGCGAGUUCACCAUCGAAGCCGGAGCCCUCAUGCUCGCAGACAACGGCAUCUGCGCCAUCGACGAGUUCGACAAGAUGGACAUCGCGGAUCAAGUCGCCAUCCACGAAGCCAUGGAACAGCAAACCAUUUCCAUCGCGAAAGCCGGUAUCCAAGCCACCCUCAAUGCCCGUACAUCCAUCCUCGCAGCCGCGAACCCAGUCGGCGGCCGCUACAACCGCAAAGCUACACUGCGCGCCAACGUUAACAUGUCUGCACCGAUUAUGUCGCGUUUCGACCUCUUCUUCGUCGUGCUCGACGAGUGCGACGAAAACAUUGACCGCCACCUGGCCGAGCACAUAGUCGGCAUCCACAAGGACCGCGACGAUGCCGUGCAGCCCGAAUACAGCACCGAGCAACUCCAACGCUACAUCCGCUUCGCCAAAACGUUCAAGCCCGAAUUCACGCCAGAAGCGAAAGGCACGCUCGUGGAGAAGUACAAGGAACUCCGCGCCGACGACGCACAAGGCGGGAUCGGAAGGAAUAGCUAUAGGAUCACGGUCCGGCAGUUGGAGAGCAUGAUUCGUCUCUCUGAAGCCAUCGCCAAGGCGAAUUGCGUCGAGGAGAUUACGCCUGAGUUUGUCAAGGAGGCGUAUAAUCUUCUCCGGCAGUCCAUCAUCAGUGUCGAGAAGGAUGAUGUCGAGAUCGAGGAUGAUGAUGACGAGGCUCUGCUUGCGGCUGCUGCGGCUGCGAAACAACAAGAUGGGGAUGCCGCGAUGGCUGAUGGUGAGCAGCACGACGCCGAUGGCAGCAGAGCGCGCACGACGAGUCGGACGCCGGCGCCACCGAGAGAAAAGACGGCGAUUACAUUCGACAAGUAUGUCGCUAUGCGGAACAUGUUUGUCAAGCGGGUCAAUGCGGAUCAAGAGGCCGCGGAAGACGGUGUCGAGGAGCAGGAGCUGAUCACUUGGUACUUGGAGCAGAAGGAGGCGGAAUUGGAGACGCAGGAGGAUUUGGAAAAGGAGGCCAAGUUGGCGAGGAAAGUUUUGCGAAAAAUGGUCAAGGAGAAUUACCUUAUGCUCAUCCGCGGCGAGGGUCUCGCGGACGAGCAGGGCCAGGGUCAGCAGCAGCAGCAGGCUACCAAGCUGGUUUAUGUGCUGCAUCCUAUGUGUCCGGUGGAGGACAUUGUUUAAGAAUUUUCGAUGUGGUGGACUUAUGGAUAUGGCAUCCUGGUUUUCUGCAUGUGGCAUGGAGGGGGGGAAUAAAUGGCGUUACGAAUGGAACUGGUACAUAGGGCGCCUUCUGGUUAAGGCGAGUAGGAUAGCUCGAUACCUAGGUAUAUUGUGUUGACCGUAAGGAAGCAUGCGUAUUCUUCACUAGUCCAGGUGGGUACUGCUAGACGAGUAUGUCGCGACACUACCGGAAGUGAUGGAAUAUCGCGGUAUGAAUUGGAACUAUAAUUCAUUUGGUCUCAUGCAAGAGAC